UACCUGACAAAAACAAACGGGGAUAGAAAGGUCAGCUCAGCUUGUGAAGUUUUACAGCCACCUCUAAUUUCAGGCGUACGUAGGGAAUUUCUCGGACUGUUAUCAUUCUUGCGAGAAAGACAAAGAUACUGUACCUUUCAUGAUGUGAUAAAAUGGCAUCUCCUGAGCCCCGCAAUUCAGCCCGAGGAAAAUGGACAUUCGUGAACAGGCAAGGGGAGGAAGAGGUUGUAGAGGAUGACACAUCAAGCACAAGCUCCGCUUCUUCUGCGGAGUUUGUGAAGGUGGAUGGGGAGGAAGUGUCUUAUCAUCAGAAGGCUUACAACACCACUGAUGUGUCUAGUCCUAAUGGUGAUAAGACAUGUGAGCCAGUGUCUAACAUACCUCAUCACACAGACCUUGGUAGUUGUGGAGAGACAGGUGUGUCAGAAGUCAGACAAGGCAACCUGGGCGCCAUCAUUUUUCCUGCCUCUUCGAUGGAGGAUGCAUCCACAGCUCCAGGAUAUGUGUCAGAGCUUUGUUCCAGUGCUAAUCUGUCGUUAUCUGAGGAGGAAUCUGAUGUGGAAAUCCUCACAAAGGAGCCAAAUCAGGAGGCUGCAGGGAGUGGUAGCGAGGAGAUAUGUAGUGAGGACAUUAAGCAUGGGGAGGUGAGAAGUGGGGGCCUGCUCCUGCAGCCUCUGCAGAUGUCUCAACCAGCCUCCCAUGUGAGUGCUCCAUUGUGUGAGGAUUUGCCACAGUUCCGUUUAGUCCUCGUGCCCAGUUCUUUCUCGUUCACAGAUUCAGAUUCUGACUUUUCCAACCUGGAUUCCCAUCCCAGCUCUGAGGUGUCCGAAUCAGAGGAGCUGUCCCAUCCAACAGAUGUCAACUCUUGUCCCCCUGUUCACCCAGGCUGUUGUUUUGGCGACCAUGGUUAUGUUGCUGACACAGAAGAGAGACAAGGCCCUCUCAGGACGUUGCAGGAUGAUGAGGAUGGUGGACAAGAGGAUUCAGGCAGGAUUAAUCCUCAUCUGAACAGUGCUCCUGAUACUGGCCAGGAUGAUAUCAGCAAUGACACUGAUCGUGGGGAACAUAAUGGUGGUGGAAAUCACAAUGAAGCAGGUGUUAACGAAGAAGUUGGUAAUGAUGGUUUUCAAGUCAUUGAUGACAAUGGUAAUGAUGUAGCUGACCCCAUCGAAGAUGACAGUAUAAACCAUGAGAUUGCUGAUGAUGCAGACACUGGGACUGAGUCAGGUGUUGAAGAUGACCGGAUUGAGUCUGACCAGAGCGAUGGCCUUCCUGCUGAUGAGGAUGAGGAUGACCUGUCCUUCUCUAACAUUGGUCUUGAGAAUCUGUCUCUUCAUGAGGUUAACUACACUCGUCACUACAUCCACCAGCCUAACAAAUACCUGAGCGGUACCCUCAGUCUGGUUGUCAUCAUGGCAGGCUGGAUGGCACUUGGGCUUGGCAUUGGGCACUUAUUAGGUUCCUCAAAACAGAAAGCAAACCACAGCCUAAACCAAGUGUCUGAUGCUCACAUCAAUGAACUCCAUCAAACUCAGGACAAUCUGUUUUUGUGCCUUCACAAAAAGGGUGACAUCCUCAACACACUGCGAAGAGAGAGGCGUGAAUGGGACUCCCUGGAAACUGAACUCACCAGCAUGUGGGAGGCAAGCGGGGAAGCCAUCAGCCAGCUGAGUAAUGAAGUGAAAAACUGGAAGAUCAAGGUGAACGAAUUACAACAAGCAAAGGUGGAUCUAGAGUCAGAGAUUGUGCGUUUGAGGUACCAGAAACACCCAGGCAAUAGGGAAAUUAACACGGAUAGGGCAGAAUUGGCGGGAGACGAAGAAGUUAAAGACAAACGGGAUGUUCUUAGGAGCAAAGGCUAUGCCCCUGAGACUCUCACGAAUCAAGAGAAGCUUAGUUCUAUACCCAAGGCGACAAAAGAAUGGGAGAACGAGACUGCUAAGCUGAAGCAAGACCUUUUCCUAGCUCAGGGCAGGGCAGCCAUGUGGCAGCAGUUGUACCUCACAGAGCGAAACAGAAAGCCACCAAUGGUGACAACACCAGACGUGUUCUCUUGUCUCAUGAUGCUCACGCCUCGUAUUAAUUUCUCUGAUGUUGUACAGACCCUCAACAACUCAGUUGUCAAAAAUUUCAUGGAAUUUCCAAACAUCUCACUGGUUAAAAGCUAUCUUAAUGAUUCUUUUGAAAGUAAGAGGAUUUUUUCCAAAAUAACAGAGUUUCAAGCUUUAUUUAAAGAACUGUCUAAACUGUGGAUAAAAUGGAGCUCACCACAAACUGGGAGUGAUUUUGAAAAAAAGGCAAAACGAGAAAGGAACAUUUAUGAAAGUAAAUGGAAGAAGGAAGAGUCCGAACACCAACAGCACACAUGGGUAGAGAAUAUCAGGCAGUUCCUCAACGAAACGCAGAAGUCUGUAGCAGAAGUGAGCCAUGAAAUUGAGAAAAAAUGGAAGCGAAUGAAAGACUUGUCGAGGGAUUUGUGGAAAAAGCACCAGCCAGCAUUCAGCAAGUGGCAGAAAAAACUUAGUCAUCGAAUAUCAUACAUAGGAGAAAAAAUCAGAGAAAAGUUGGAAAAGAAGUCACGCGCCUGGUUCAAGAGAAGGACAACGCACCAUAAAGGGACUAAACACAAUCCUAGUAACAAAAAUGACCAGCAACAUCGAAAAAGGCAGAAAGGGAAAACGCACAAAAACGGCUCAAGUGAGAAACAAGAUAAAAGAUUGAUUAGGAAUCAGCGUCGAGUCCUGCAAAAAGCUUUUAAGAUGUUGGUAAAAAAGAUUAAGAGGCUAAAUAUGAAGUCUUAUACACGCCAAGGAAUCAAUGGUGUAGGACGUAUGGUUGCUGAGAUUAAUACUUUCCGAGUUACCCAUGGGCACAGUUAUCAAAAUAAUCCAAGGAUGGAGCUGUGGAUAAACUGCCAGUUAAAAUGGUGGGAAUCAAAAGUACUAAUGGAGAAGUUUGCUUACAGUGACUGCGGGAAGGCCUUGUUUAAGUGGCAGAUAAAGGUUGAGAAAAUGGAUGGGAAGAGGCGGAAAGAGGAGAUGUGGAGAAAGACUAACCAAAAAGGUUUCAGCAAGAGAUGCCGCAACAAAGGUACAGGUUGUGACAAGGGGUGGCAACAUAAACGAGACAAGAAUGUACCGAGGCAUGGGGAAUGGAGAGAGGACCAUAACGAUAGGGGUUUUGAAGGAAGAAAACGUCAAAGGGACCAGGAAGAGCAUCUGAAAAGGCAAUACACAGACAAAAAGUCAGAACAUACUGGGAAAAAACAGGGCGCACCGACACGUAACGUAACAGAAGGAAACUACCUUACCAAGUCAAGUAGCUGGUACUUUAAGCAAAAGCGCCAUAAGAUGCAUGGUGUCGAGGACUCUUGGUACGUCCGGAAAAUGCAACACCAAAAGAAGCUGAGAGAGAGAGAAAGCCCAGACGGAUCAUGGAUGUUUCGUCGAGCGGAUGACCGAGACUUCCAUCGGAAGCGUCCGGAUGACUGGUACUUUCGGCGAUCGGAGAGAGGGCGAAGGAAGACUGUCUACAGGGACAACUUGGGAGAAUCAUUUUACGGGACCAACUAUGACACUGGCGAGAGUUACGAGUAUUAUAACGGUUACGGCUUUACUAUUUGCUAUUAGUGCUUAGGUGGUGGGGCUGAUCCGACAUAUACAAGCCCUAUUAAACUGUUUCAGAAGUCUUCUUUGCACAUAAUCUUCCGAGACUAUCGGUAGAAAGCCUGUACUCAAUUUCACUAAGUAAAUCUGCUUUCUAGUACAUGCCUGAAAGUUUUCCAAAGGUUACACAUUUGUAAAUAUAGAUGCGAUUUUUUCCUGCUUAAGCUAACACUUCAUGUUUUGUUUUGCUUCAAGUUUGUUGUUUUACCGGAGUGAUUUUAUUUUCGUAUUUUCUGUUCUAUUGAGUGUGAUUUUUCCACAUGUAUGAAUACUUAAGAGUUGUGGAAUACUAUUUAAUGAUUGAAAUUCUGUUGUUUUGUUUUUUUUUUGUGAUGUUAAAGACGUUUUAAUUUAGUGCUUACUCGACGGGUGUUGUUAACUUUCUGGGUUAUUAUGGAAUUUCUUGUUUCCGAACGACCACUGAUCUGGUGUUUUUUUCUAUAUGAAGUAGCAUUUUGUUUGAGUAUAGUUUAUUUUUAUGAUUUAAUUGUUGCUUAAAAAAACAAUUGGAUUAUAUAUAUAUAUAUAUAAAAACUGAGACAGGAGGGUGAGGUUAGGGGUA